CACUCUGCGCCCGGCUCCCCAGCAGACAUGGCGCACCUCCGCAGCGCAGCACUCCCCACCACCAGCGCCACCAUCGCCGCCGUCUCCCUCUGCCUGGGACUCAUGCUGCUGCACGCCCGCGCUGAAGACUGCAACCCCAUCAGGGUUGAACGCACGCCCCUGUUCCAAGCUGCGAAGCUGCACUGUGCCAACAUUGGAGGAAAGGAGCUGUCCGUCAUCCUGAAGAUGGAGGAGCGUCUGGUCCACAACUACACCACCAACACCACGGAUGCCACGGUGAAGGUCAGCGAGAACCUGUCUCUGCACGUCAACGGGCAAGGCGUGUGGUACGACUUCCGACGGGUGACCGACAGUGACGCCGGAGUGUACAGCUGUGAGGUGCAAAAGAUCUACCCCCCACCUUACAAAACAGAGACGCGCAUGUCUGCUCUCAUCGCAGUGAGCCACUGCCCGCCACCAGCAGGGGGUCAGAGCCAGCCGCAUAGACAUCGCCACCCUUCCGGUCACCAUGGAGACCGGAACUCCACCCAUACGGGGUGUAACGAGCACCCCGGGCGCCCCCCGCACCCCGUGACCCAGCCUGACUCCGCCCCUCUCACCGAGGUGCUGUGGCCCGUGUGCUGUGUGAUGCUCGCCCUGCUCUGUGUUGUGCUGCUCGUCAUCGUCCUGGUGUUUGGGCACAAGCUGAGAAGCGAUGCCCAGAGGGAGAACGAGUACGUCAACACCAGACCUGCAGACUGCAGGAGGCAGAAGGGGGUGCUGAGGCCCAAAUGGGAGGCUCUGCUGUUAUGAUCCCACCAGCUCCAGCAAGACCUUCAGGAGAAACUCCUAAUUCCGAGGUCCAAAAGUACACUUGGCUAUUGGCAAAACAACUGUUGCCAUUUGUUUCAUUUGUGUGUUUAUGUGUUUGUUUAUCACAAUUAUUUAGGCAACAUGUUAUAGUACUUAUAGGAAGUUUAAUAUAUAUAACUAUAGCUAAUAACUUGUGAAAUAUAAUAUAGUACCAUAUGCAAGACUUUGUCUGACUUUGUACUCGAGUGUAUGAUGCUUAAUUUGUCUGUUAUGCUGCUCAGGGAUAUUUUCAUGUUUCAUAUCCAUUUAGGGGUCAUGAGGGGAUUCAGGACGAGACCUAGUUAAACGUGGUUUCUUUAUAAUUCACUGGAAUAGUGCGGUUGCUUUGUGGCUAGACAGAAAUGGAAUCGGGUCAUGGUGAAAAACAACAGGAAGUGCAGUUCAAAGCGGUCUGAUUGAGGGCCGCUGUAUUGUGAUAUUAUCCGUUUAUUUCAGUGUUUCACUUUGCCUUAAUUUAUUUAGCAUAUCUUCGUUUCGCAUCUUCUUUUCUGUAUUUCUGACAUUUUCUGUCUUAUUUGUUCAUCUACGUGUUUACUUUCUGUAAAGCUCUUUGCUCACUUAAUGAUAUCAGGGAGAGUCUUGUUGUAAAUAAGCAAACUAUAUAUUUAGAAAAAUAUUUGUUAAUAUUUUGAUGUAGAGAGUAUUGGGGCAAUUGCUCUGUCGGUAGUUGGGAUUUUAGCACAGUUUUGAACUCCCGACUCCAACUCCAGUGUAAACUGGUGUUAAACUCCAAACUAGUGACAGAGCAAUUGCCCCAUUAUGUCUUAAGAUGCUGCAUGGAUCAUUGAUAUAACUAUCUCUUUAUCUGCCAUCUCGAUCACUAUUCUUAACUCAACAGUCUACUCAGCAUACCCAAAGAGAAAACAUACGCACAAUCAAUAAAUAAAUGUUGUCUUUUCUCUUGACCAUAA